CGUCGCGUGAGAGAGCCUGAAAUAGGCAUCCUUGAACCAAAGCUAUGCGUGUAGGGUUUGCGUUUCUGGCGUUCUCACAAGUGACGCUAAGCAUGCGUGUUAGCGAAUGCGGCUGGAGAACCGGGAAAAGGGACAGCAGGAGUCGCUGGAGAAGCAGCGCGGGAACGCCAGCUCCCUCGCCUCGGCAACUCAUCUGAUGGCGUCUCACCAGCAAAACAGGAUUCAAGCUUACCUGGAGAAGAACAAGAUCGGCCCCCUCUUCGAGGAACUGAUGACCAAGCUGAUAACGGAGACUCCUGAUCAUCCAAUCCCAUUUCUCAUUGACCAUCUCCAGUCCAAACAGGGGAGUCGUAGCCAGCUUCAGAGGACGUUGUCUGGAUCUGCUGCUCUCUGGGCAGAAAGUGAGAUUUCAGAAAGCAAGGGAACAAGAAGGGAUUUUAGAAGUUACGAUAAACCCUGGCAGACAAAUGCAAAGAAGCCUAAAAAAUCAAAGAGUGACCUUGCUGUAUCCAACAUUUCUCCUCCAUCACCAGAGUCCAAAUCAUUACCAAGGUCAAUAGAACAUCCAAAAUGGGACUGGAGAUCAAAAUCGGAGCAUCAUGAUUUUGAUGAAUUAAAUCAUAUUCUUCAAGAAAGUAAGAAGCUGGGUAAAGCACUGGAGAACCUUUCUCGAAGUAUUGCGAUUUCUGAUGAGCUUGAUAAGGAUGCAGCAGCCUUUAAUGCUCCUCUUUUACAACCCCGUGUUGUUGGAGAAUGGGUUGGCCGUGAAGAGAAUGAUGCAGAUCCAUUGGCUGAUGAAAUGCUGCAACCUCCAAUACCAAGAAGCAAAAUGGAACAAUGGGACAGUGAAGAUAGCGGUAGUCCUGGAGGAAGUUUAAAGAUGGAACCAAAGACAAAGGGAUUGAAACAUCAGCAGCAGCAACAUAAGAAACUACUAGCUGCUAUGCUUUCCCAGGAUUCAUUUGAUUCUGUACAAAGUACAGCUCCUUCAGUAACUGAAGAAGAUAUUGAUAAUGAAGAUGAUGCAAUGGAACUGCUGGAGGAUCUUGAUGAUUUAAGAAUGGAAGGGGUAACCAGUGUCCUUUCCUCUGGGAGCAAAUUUAACCAAACUCGAAGUACACAUACAGCUGAACCACAAGCCAAGGUCACAUUGAACAUUUGUGCAAGGUGUGCCAGACUGCAAGGAGACAAUUUGGCAGAAAGAACAGAGGAUGUAUCUGUCGCCUCUCAGACACUUGAGCAAGAAGUAUCAGAAUCUGUAGCAUCAAUGCCUGGAGCAGAAAUCUCAAUGGAGAGCAGUGAUGAAUUGGAGAAUGUACCCCAAACAACAGAGCAGAGUCAACCAAUUUGGGAUCUAGACAUUAUGGGUUCCAGAAGUGGAGACUCCCAAAGCGAAAAACUGUUAAAAGAUUCCUUGGCUGCAAAAGAACUGCAAACCAUGGAAAAACACCUUGCUGACAUUGCAAAAGACCUAGCAUUGUGGGAAGAAGGAAGACUAUCAAGGAAUACCUGUAGCCCACCAGUUAAUUUAGUUGCACUAGAUCACCAAGGAAAUUUUAAAGUUACACCAAGCCAGGAUUUAGGACCUCAAGUGCCAGUUCUGACUGAGAAGGAUAUUCAGCUCCAGCUUCAAAGAAACAAAUCACCGCCAUUAUCCAGUAACAAUAGACUGCAGGUCUCCAGUGUCACAAACAGUAGGCCUCAAUCUCCCAGUACACAGACCAACAGAUCUUCUGUGCUGCCAACUCCAGCAAACAGGUCUGCAACCCCAAAUACUUUGUUACAAAGGCCCAUUUCCCCUAGCAACCAAGGAAACAAGGAAGGAGUCAUUAGUAUGCAAAGGAGCCGGUCUUUAAUAUCAAAGAACCAACUUGGGAGGACCAUCACUACUCCUGCAGGGCUCCUUGAAACAAGUGGAGACGCUCUAGGAAAUGUCACUCAAAGAAGCAGUUUGUCUGAAGAUGAAUUCUUACAACAACUUCAGCUUGCUCAUCAGCCUUGGAUUUUGCCAAGUGAUGCUGAAAGUGAAGGAGUGGAGCCAGAUCCAGAUAAAUGUUUGUGAAUAAAGCAAGUGGAAGUAAUGAAAAAUGGUUUCCCAUAAACAUAUAACCUGCAGGUGAAAAAUUAUUUUCACUCAUUAUAUAUAUGAUAAAGGCUUAUUUUUAUAAAUUCAACACAAUGUAAGUGGAAUUACUUUAAUGUGUGGAUGACAAAAUGCACUGAACCCCACAUCUUACUGCGGUACAAUGGCCUUAGGUAAAGAUGGUGAACAGUCAUUUUUUAAUACAUAGUCCUUAUACAAUGUGUUUUGUUUAAUUUAUACCCCCCUUAUUUUGGAUUGACAUUUGAUAUAUUAAACUUUGCCUGGUGAAAAGAAAGUUUCCUUAAAGAUUUUAUGCAUUUAAAUUAACUAAGGUUUUCUACUUCUUAUAUUUUUCUAAACUUUUGUCAUUUUUAAAUCAAUGAACUUUUAAAGUAUUUAGCCACAUCUGUCAGUAUGUAUAUAUAACAUUCAGACAUCACUGAUAGAAAUUGGCUGAGAAAAGAGAAAGUAACAAAUGACUGGUUUG